AUGAGCACUGCUCCAAGAGAGAGGCAGUUUGUAAUUGCAUUUUGUAGCUCGGAGAGGAAGAAGCCAUUCUUUGAAAAGCUGCAGCGAUAUGUAGAAGAGAAGGAAAGUUUGGAGAGAGAAGGCGAUGACGACGCUCAUGUCACCUUUUCGUUUGUUUGGAUGCAAUACGACCCGGAGAGAAACAAUUUCUCGACUGGAACGGAAAACGACGCGGAUUUGGUGCUGCACAAAGUGAGCACGCUGCCUCCCAAGGCCGUGGGUGCCCUCUGUCGGUGGUGUGCUGCAGCCUCGCGAAGACGUCGUCGUAAACGUAUGCCACCUGUCAUUAUUAUUGAUCCGGUGGAGUUGACACGCCUCGUUCUGCAGAGGUCGCUGCUUUACAAGAUGUUGGACGGUCGUUUGAAGCGGCCAUUGUGUCCAGUUCCUCACUCUUGGCUGUGGAUACGAGACAGUGCAUCGUUGACCCCGCUCGGGUUGUCUUCGUUUGUAUUGAGCGACGAGGAAGACACCGAAGUUAUGGGUGCAAGCCAAAGUUCACGUGAGACAUGGUGGAUAGUGAAGUCGGACAUCAGCACCGGCCCGUCCUUCACGCACCAGAUGGUCAUAUGGAAGGGUUGCAGGCCCGAGAAAUCCCUGCCGGAGGAGGUGCUCUCACUGCUUUCAUCCUGCGUCAACAGUUUUGUUCUGCAGGAAUUCUUUUUGCAUGCUAUUUCAGUUGUCAUCAAAGUUUACUGCAUUGGCACUGACGUUUUUGUGAAGGCUGUCCCAACAGCGCCGUUGCUGCGAUGUGUCUUGUCGAAGAUGGGUGGUCCUGUUUUUGUGGAUUCUCAAGAAAAAUUCCCCAUUGAUGCUGGCUGGGUAAAGGAGGAGGCGCGCUGGAGGAAUUACCUUGCAGUGGGCGGAAGAGCCUACACUCAGUGCAGUCAAAUUGCUGAGCAGUUGGUGCGGGAGUUGGGGUUGACGCUAUUUGGCUUUGACCUGCUGUUGGUCCCAAAAAAAGUCUCUGGACAGUGUGAUACGCCGCUGGGGGCGUCAUUGCGCGAUGCACCUUUAUUUGAUGAAGUCACCGGCGCCCCCUCGGCGCUGCUUUGUUCCGCCACACCAGUAAUUGUGGAUGUAAACUACUUCCCGGGUUUCUCCGGAGUGGAAAACGUCGCUGAGCAUGUGUUGGAUUUCAUUAAGUCAAAGGCACUGGGUACUCCCGUCUCGAAAAGAUCCUCAACUGAGGGAAAACUGUUUAACGGCAACUUCUGCUGCUAA